AUGCUGGUCGAGCUCAAGAACGGCGAAACGCUCAACGGCCACCUGGUGAAUUGUGACACGUGGAUGAACCUGACUCUCAAGGAGGUUGUCCAGACGAGUCCAGAAGGCGACAGGUUUUGGAGACUGCCAGAAGCCUACGUUAGAGGAAACAACGUUCGUGCUUGCCCAAUCCAUCCGCCAAACAUCAAGAUAUCAAAUACUUACGAGUACCCGAAGAGGUCAUCGAAUUGGCUAGGGAAUCGCAGCAACACAAUCAGCCAGGUGGUCACGGCCAACGGGGCCGGGGCGGCCAGGGUGGUAGGGGUGACAGAGGCCGUGGUCAAGCGAGAGGUGGUCGCGGUCGUGGGAGAGGAAGAGGGCAGAGUUGAAGCUAAUAAACGCUGCUACGAUCGAACUCCGGAUUUACGCUGGCGCAACGGCACCGUUUUCAACGAUUCUAUUAAAAGCUACGGGACUUUUUGA